GCUCGACCCCUCAGCAGUCUAAUUACAGCACCUCCAGUAACAGCAUGAACGGCUACAGCAACGUCCCCAUGUCGAACCUGGGUGUUCCUGGCUCGCCUGGAUUCAUUAAUGGCUCUCCCACAGGAUCUCCCUAUGGCUUGAUGUCUUCAAGUCCAACAGUUGGUUCCUCAAGCACUUCCUCCAUCCUCCCAUUCUCCUCCUCCGUCUUUCCUGCUGUCAAACAAAAGAGUGCCUUUGCUCCCGUCAUCCGACCCCAGGGGUCUCCUUCCCCAGCUUGCUCCACUGGCAAUGGAAAUGGGUUCAGAGGUACGUAAAACUCUAUUUUCCACUCCCUGCCCCC